UAACUUCUUCACUCACAUCGCUCUCCAACGCCAUGUUGCCUGUUUUGACUUAACUUGUUUUCAUCAGCAUUUACUACGGACUUGACAGGAGUGGCUUUCUUAAACCCCCCUUGCGCCUUUGGAGACUCUUUAUUCCACUUCUGCGCGUACGCGUUUUGGAUGAUACGCGCGGAGUACGCAUGCAUCAUCCCCGUGACUUUGCAUUUGGGAGGAAUACUACUUGGAAAUAGAAGUUUGAAAGGGUUUGGUUGUUGUUUGUGUAUUUUUUUUUUGCCCACCCUCCCCGCCCCUUGUCAUAUGUGCAACAAAAUGUCAGAUGUUCGCCUUUCUAAUGCGAGCCCGACAGUGGAGAGGGUGGAUGCGCGGCAGCCGGACAACGUCAGACCUCCGGUUCGCAGAAACCUUUUCGGCUCACCUGACCGAGAGGAGCUACGGAGGUAUUUUGCGGAUUCGAUUGAGGAAGGCGUGCGGGAUUUUAAGGAUGAGUAUAAUUUCGAUCCAGUCAACGACAGACCGCUCUCUCCGCGCAACUACGAAUGGCAGGAGGACCGCGACCCAGCGGAGUUUUUUCUCAGACCGCCUCACGGGAGCCAGCGGCCCGGAGAGGAACACCGGCAGGACGCCGAGGAGAGCGGUGCAAGGCGGUCGGGUCGCCAGCCGGAGAGAGGCGGCUCGAGGAAAAGAGGCUCGGGAGCUUCAGGUCCCUGCUCCAGCGAGUGUCAGAGUAAAAGGUCGCAUACCGACGGAGACGACGAUGAAGACUAUUCGGACGGUGCAGCAAGUCAGGCUGUGGUGAAAAGCGCUGAGGAGAGACCGAGCAGGGCGGAGAACAGCGCCGAGGUCCAGUGAAAAACAGUGCCAGAGCGGGGAGACCUGUUGCUGGUGGAAUACUGUAGCCUUUCUCGUCACCUGACAGAUGGGGAGAAAAUAUAAAAGCAGCCUUUUCCUAAAGAAGGGAGGAGGAGAGGCUUGCACAAGCACUGAAUAUGUACACUAUCAAGUUUUGGCACUCAUUUCAAUUAAAUUGCCUCAGAAGCAGCAGACAAUGUAGCAGUGUGCAAAUGGAUUUUUGCUCAUUUUUUUAUCUACUACCUAUGUUUCAGAUGUAGCACAUAAAAAAAAAAGCAUAUUAUGCUUUUCAUACCUUUUUUUUGUUAAAUGUAUUUGAAUAAGUGUGUGAAUUUGACUCGGGAAGUUGCAGUGCAAUUUCCAACAGAGAAAUAUUAUUUUGUUGUGGUCAUAUUGUGUCAUUAUUCAGGUAAUUGAUGUAAGUUAAAAAUGCAGAUUACAAAAGUCAGGGUUAUGUGGAAACAAAAUGUCUUCUUUGUCUUUCUUUUUUUUUUAUGGCUUUAUUUGUCCCAGUGUUAUAUAUCUUGUUGUUGAAGGCCCAGAUGGCCACACUGUAAGUUGAGGGUCCAUCUAACUGGGAACAGCCAUGACAGAUAAAGUUUACAUGCAAAUAAUGUCUCCUUAUUUCCCCAUUUUUAUUUCAUUUUAAAAAAUUUUUUAAAGGGGUUUUUGCCAAAGUUUGUGCCUUUUUGUUCUGGGGUUGAGGGGGUGGGGUGGGAGGGUUUUAAACUGCUGAGCAAUAUCCAACCAAAUUUUAACUAUUCGCUAAUAAUCCUAAGAAUUAGCUUUUAUUUUUAAAUUAGGUGAGUUAAUAUUUUAGUGGCUUCUAGGUCACAUAUCCCGCCCAUUGUAAUAAGUGGUGUAGUCCAGGUGAACAUAGAUCAAAUAUGUUAAAACCAGUGGGCUACUUAUGCAAAUAUGUGAAUCAAAGAUUUGUGGUGUGGAAUUCAUGUGGAACAUGUAAUUGCACUAUUGUUAAUUUCUCUUUAUAUUUUAUUUUUUUGAGGGCAGAAAAACAAAGUGACACUGCCUCAUUUGGUGUAAAACUUUGAAGUGUACCUGUUUGCCUUUUUUUUUUUUUUUUUUUUUGAAAAACACUGAAAAAAUUAUACUAACUUAUUUAUGUUGAGCUUUUUGUUGUGGGUGUAUGUACAGCUUCCCAAAGUGACAUUUUUGUAAAUAUAUAUUUUCAUUAUUGUUUUUAAGAUAAAUAAACUGUUGCAAAACUGAGCCUAAUAAUCGAUUUUA